AUGAUCCGAAUGUACUUGGAGGUUGGGGAAGUGGAAUGUGCAAGGCAGCUGUUUGAUAAAAUGCCUGAGAGAGAUGUAGUUUCUUGGAACUCUAUGAUUAAUGGAUAUUUGAGGAUUGGAAAGAUUGAGUUGGCUCGAGAGUUUUUUGAUAAGAUGCCCAAAAGGGACUUGAUUUCUUAUAAUGCAAUGAUUGAUGGAUAUGGGAAGAGUGGAAAGUGUGAACUUGCUGAGGAAAUAUUUGGAAUGACAAGUUGUAAAGAUGUUAAAACUUGGACAUCAAUGAUUUCAGCUUAUGUGUUUAACCAUCAACCGCAGAAAGCUUUAGAUAUGUUUAGGGAAAUGUUGAGUGUAGGAGUUAAACCUGAUGGUCCUGCUCUAGUUAGCGUUCUCUCAGCCAUUGCUGACUUGGGUUUUGUGGAUGAAGGGAAAUGGAUACAUACAUACAUAUCGACUAACAUGAUUCAGGUGAGUUUUGGGUUUAUUGGAUCUGCUCUUAUAGACAUGUAUGCUAAAUGUGGGCAUAUAGAAAAUGCUUACGAAGUGUUCAGAAGAGUAUCUCAUAAUAGAAAUAUUGGAGAUUGGAAUUGUAUGAUCUCUGGCCUUGCAAUCCAUGGCCUUGGUGAUGAAGCUCUUAAGAUCUUUUCCGACAUGGAAAAGAUGGGCAUUGAACCUGAUGAGAUCACUUUCUUAGGACUUCUGAAUGCUUGUAGUCAUAGUGGAUUAGUUGAUGAGGGCCAAUUCUUCUUCAAACUCAUGCAACAGAAAUACAAUAUUGUUCCAAAGCUUCAACACUAUGGCUGCGUUAUCGAUCUCUUAAGUAGAGCAGGGCAUUUUGAAAACGCACUUAGAAUUUUACAGAACAUGCCUGUCGAGCCAGACGUUUUAGCUUGGAAGGCCAUUCUCAGUGCAAGCACGAAGCAUGGAAAUGUAGAAAUUGGAGAACAUGCUGCUCUUCGAGCUAUAGAGUUGGCACCAGAAGAUUCAAGUUGUUAUGUUCUACUCUCAAAUGUUUAUGCUAAGAUGGGGAGAUGGGAUGAUGUAGCCAAAGUUAGGUUGGUUAUGAAACAGAAAAGAGUUGGAAAGGUUCCGGGAUGUAGUUCAAUCCUUGUCAAAGGGAAAGUUCAUAUUUUUCUUUCUGGAAUGGCAAUGGAUGAGAAAUGUACUGAUGAAGUUCUUUCCAAGAUAGAUGAAAUGGCUUCUCGGUUGAGGUUGGAAGGCUACAAGCCUGACCUGACUCAAGUUCUCUUAGAUGUCGAAGAUGAAGGAAAAGCGAGCUUGAAGGGUGAGCUCAAGUUCUCACUCAAAUGCUAA